AUGGAUGCCUACAAGGUGAUUGUUUCUCCAAUUGCCUCUGAGACUGCCAUGAAGAAGGUUGAGGACGGAAACAUCUUGGUUUUCCAAGUUGACAUCAAGGCCAACAAGAACCAAAUUAAGAGUGCUGUAAAGGAAUUGUACGAAGUUGAUGUUCAAUACGUUCACACCUUGGUGAGACCUAACGGAACCAAGAAGGCAUACAUCAGAUUGACUGCUGACCACGAUGCUUUGGAUGUUGCCAACAGAAUUGGAUACAUUUAA